AUGCAUUUCUCCCAUCUCGUUCUUUUUCUCGCUGGUGCCAGUGCGGCUGCCAUCAAGGGUCGCGCCGAAAAUGGCCAGAAAGGGCUUCUCUACGCCCGUCAAGAUGCUAGCACGACGAUGACCGCCACCGUGACCAACGCCGACGGAUCGACAGACACUAUCACGGCCACCUUCACUGAGAGUGCUUCUGUUUCGACCACCACCUCUACUGCCACCGAGACCCUCAGUAGCAUCAGCACCACGACCGACGUCUCUACGUCCACCCAGACUGUGUCUGGCGAUGCCACCCUGACCGUCACCACCACUGAAUCUGAGACUGUUUCCGGCAGUGCCGCCGUGACCGUGACCACCGCCAAAACCACGACUGUCACCGACGAAAGCACCACGACGGUUAGCGGGAGUGCAACCGAAUCUCUCACCACCACUGCAACUCGGACGGUCACCGACGAAAGCACCAAGACGGUCACCGACGACAGCACCAAGACGGUCACCGACGAAAGCACCAAGACGGUCACUAGCAGUGCUACCGAGACCGAAACCAUUACUAGCAUCUCCACGCUGACCGUCAGCACCACCCAAGAUUCCACGCAGACGGUCACUUCGACCGAGACCACAACUACAACGGCGACACGACCUUUUGCACCACCCGCGUUCCGCCCAGGCCGUCCAGGCCGUCCAGGACGCCCUGGACCUCCAUUCGGCCCGAAGAGACGUAGCUAG